GCGAGAGUUUCCAAUGUGGUGCAGCACGUUGUUGAGCAAAGCGCAUGCUGUCCUGUGCCCUGCAAGUGUUUUGCGUUAGGGUACCACUCGCUUGGUUUUAUACGUCUAUAAGAAGCUACCCUUAAACAUGUCUGAUCAGGUGGCAACUAUGUGCGACCAGCUUAUUAAAGCUGUAAACGUGAUGAUGGAUCCGGGAACAAACCAAAUAUACCGACUGGAGGCCCUAAAGUUUUGUGAAGAGUUCAAAGAAUCCUGCACGUUUUGUGUCCCUUGUGGCUUGCAACUUGCGGAGAAAACGCAAACAUCUGUAGUGCGACAUUUUGGCUUGCAAAUAUUGGAACACGUCAUCAAGUUCCGAUGGAACGACAUGCCGCAGCCAGAGAAAGUCCAGUUGAAGAAUUGUGCCAUGCAACUAUUGUCGACUGGAACCCUCUCAAUUCUGGAGGAGGAGAGUCACAUCAAGGAUGUCCUCUCCCGCAUCACAGUGGAGAUGAUCAAGAGGGAGUGGCCCCAGCACUGGCCGGACAUGCUGAAGGAGAUGGAGGCCCUCACCAGCCUCGGGGAGUCCCAGACGGAGCUGGUGAUGCUGAUCCUGCUGCGGCUGGCGGAGGACGUCAUCACCUUCCAGACGCUGCCCACCCAGCGCCGUCGGGACAUCCAGCAGACCCUCACCCAGAACAUGGACAACAUCUUCAGCUUCAUCCUGGCCAUCCUGCAGAUCAACGUGGACGACUACCGCAAACUGAAAAGUAUACCGGGCCAGGAAUUGCAGGCCAAGGCUCACUGCCGCGUCGCUGUGACAACGCUGAACACGCUGGCAGGCUACAUCGACUGGAUCGCCCUGGCACACAUCACCAACGACAACUGCCGUCUGCUGGAGAUGCUCUGUCUGCUGCUGAGCGAGGGCGAGCUGCAGCUGGAGGCCGUCGAGUGCCUGCUCAUUGCCAUCAGCCGCAAGGGAAAACUGGAGGACCGUAAGCCGCUAAUGCUGCUGUUUGAUGACCUCGCCAUUAACUACAUUCUCUCCGCAGCCCAGUCAGCCGAUGGCGCAGCCAUAUCUAACCAGCCCUCGCCGACGCAGCCAGUGGAGAAGGUGGUUGUUGUGGAGCGACAUUACAUCUUCCUCAAGAGGCUGUGCCAGGUUCUCUGUGCCCUGGGCAGUCAGGUGACCUCGCUAGUGGGUUCAGACGUGGCAGUUGAAACACCUGCAAACCUCAACAAGUACAUGGAGGCCAUGCUGUCCUUUACCACACACCACAGCCAGUUCUUGAAGUCGUCCACCCAGAUCAUGUGGGGAACCCUCUUCAGACACGAGAUCCUGUCCAAGGUGCCCGUGGUCGUGGAGAUGUCCUUGAAAUACCUUAAAACGACCAGGACCAACUUAAUCAAGACGGGCUAUCCCUCCAGGAAUGACAGCCCGAGCUGUGAAUACUCCCGAAUGGACUUUGACAGCGAUGAGGAGUUUGGCUCUUUCUUCAACUUGUUCCGCAGCCAGCAGGGAGAGGUGGUGAGGAGUGCCUGUCGUCUGGUGCCCAUGGAGGCCCUAGGGGACGCCGCAGAGUGGUUAGGCUACCAGCUGUCCAGUCCCAUCAUCACCGGGAUCACUAAUGCUGAAGGGCUGUGCUCCAUUCUCUCUCCAUCGGUGGUCCAAUGGGAUGCCAUGACGGUCUUCAGCGAGUGUGUUCUCGGUCAGACGUUCCGCAAUCUCACUGGAGAGAAGCUGCCCAUCGACCAGGGUAUUGAGCUCCUGCAGGCUGUGCUCAGCUAUGAGACCAAAGACCCCCUCAUCCUGUCCUGUGUGCUCACCAACAUCUCCGCCCUCUUCCCCUUCGUGACACACAGACCCAACAUCCUGCCCCAGGUCCUCACCAAGGUGUUUGCAGCGAUCGUAUUCGACAUCCCCCAAGGUGACAGCAAGGCGCCCCGGACCAGGGCGGUGAAGAACGUGAGAAGGCACGCCUGCUCCUCAAUCAUCAAGAUGUGCCGAGACUACUCCCCGUUCAUUCUGCCGUGCUUCGACAUGCUCUACGACUACGUGAAGAAGCUGUUUGCUGACGAGGCGCUGCUGAUGCAGAUGGAGAAGUGCGCUCUGAUGGAGGCGCUGGUGCUCAUCGGGAACCAGUUCAAGGACUACGCCAAACAGAAGGCCUUCCUGGAGGAGCUCAUGGCCCCCGUGGUGGCACGCUGGACCUCCAGCGAGACCAGCCAUGUGCUGUCAGACGCGGCCGUCUUCCUGUCCUACGUGGGGGCCGACCAGGUCAGUGAGCAGACCAAGGACACGGAUGUGUACGGAAACAACAGGGUGCAGUUGAGUUACUGCCUCCAGGCCAUGCUGGCGGUGGUGAAGAGGUCGCGCUGGCCGGCCGACCUGGGCGAGGCCACAGCCGGGGGCUUCUUGGUGGGCUCCACCCCCUCUGGAGCCCCCCUCUUCAGUAACCCCUGCAGUAGCCUGGUGCUGGCCAUGCUACCCAACGUGCUAACCCUCAUCAGAACCCAAAACAACCUGUUUGCCCCAGAGAACCUUGCCCGCCUCAGUCCGGGCUACGCCAAGGCCUACGACCUCAUCGAUGUGGAGAAGAAUUGUGUUUUAGGUCUUCCCCAUCCCCUGAUAGACAUCUAUGACACUCCCGUGUACAAGGGCAACCUUGAGAGGAUGCAGGGAUUCUUCUGUACGCUCUACGAUAACUGUUAUCACAUUCUGGGGAAUGCUGGCCACUCACUGACGAGGGACUUCUACACCAUUGAUGGAUUGGCCGAGAAAUUAGUUGGAUCCGCCUUCGUCUCCCUCGACCACGUGCCUGAUCACAGAUUCCGGCCAAUCAUUCGGUUGUUUGUGAAGCAGCUGGUGCUCUCCUGCCCUCAGGAGUACUAUGAAAGCCUACUCUGCCCCCUAGUGGGGCCUCUGUUCACCUACAUGCUGCAGAGGCUCAACGUCAAGUGGCAGAUCAUUAACCAGAGGUCCUCUUCCAAUGGGGACGAGGAGGAGGAGGAGGCGGUGUCUGAGGAGAGUCAGGUGACCCAGGAGAUGCUGGAGGAGCAGCUAGUCAGACUGGUCACCAGAGAGGUGCUUGACCUUCUCACUGUGAGCUUUAUUUCCAAGAGGGUGCACGAGCCCGCAGGCAACAAGGACGACGGAGAAGAAGAAGAGAUGAUGACAGACCUGGUGCAGACGGCGGUGUCUGGUCAGCCCGCGGAGGAUCUGACUGAGCUGGGGAAGUGUAUUCUCAAACACGAGGACAUCUACAUGAACCUGCUGACCAUCUCGUUCGUGGCACUGUCGUGGAAGGACACCAACAUCUGCCACCGAACCGCCUCCAUGAUCUGCUGGAACUUGCUUAGACAGGUCGUCGGGGGCAACCUCCUUCCGGACGCGGCCACAUGGUUCCUCAUCAGCACCCUGAAGGGCCUGCAGCUCCACGGGCAGCACGAGGUGUGCUGCGCCACCCUCACCCUGCUGGCCAUGCUCAUCUACGAGAACCUGCGGCCGCGCUACGCAGAGCUACGAGCAGUGAUGAGCCAGAUCCCAGACAUCAACAUGGAGGCGCUCGAUCAGUACGACCAUCGGCUCCUGGACCCCAAAGCCCAGAAGUUCGGAGACAAGAAAAGAAAAGACCAGUUCAAAAAGCUCAUUGCAGGCACCAUCGGGAAAGCGCUGUGCGAGCAGUUCAGGAAGGAGGUCCACAUCCGCAACCUGCCGUCGCUGUUCAAGAAGCCCAAGCCUGAGAGAGACCUUCUGGCCACCGAGGCGCUGGGCUUGGAGGCCCUCUUCUCCCCCCAACGGGCCAGUGUGUAGUGUGUAGUGUGUAGUGUGUGUGUGUGUGUGUGUGUGUGUGUGUGUGUGUGUGUGUGUGUGUGUGUGUGUGUGUGUGUGUGUGUGUGUGUGUGUGUGUGUGUGUGUGUGUGUGUGUGUGUGUGUGUGUGUGUGUGUGUGUGUGUGUGCGUGCGUGUGCGUGUGGCCAAAAAUCCUCCUGCCCCCUCUACUCCUCCAACUCCUACUGCAGCCACCCCACGUGUAGACCCCUCUAUCAUAGACACCAGAAGGGGAAUAUGAUACCUCGUUAAAAUUUCCAUUCUCAUUUGUAUUUUUUUAUAUUUUUGUUUAACACUUUUUUUUUUCUUCGAUACUUCUAGUUUUUUGAUGUGCUUGAUCUGGUAUGGGUCAGGCGGUUAUAGUUGGGUUAGUUAUUUUGUCUCUUUUAUUAUUAUUCCUACUUUUAAUCCCAGGUUGCUAACGGAGAUAAUUGUUCUGUCUUGCGUCGUGUGUCAUGGUGUUAUUUAUUUGUGAUUUAUUUCAUCCAAAUUCCGAUUUUUGCUAAACCAAAUUGGUCAUGAAAUAAUGACACUUCGUUGGUUUUAGGAGACAAUUGCUGCUGUUAACCAUCUAAUAAGUGUGCUGUUUUUAUAAUCAUACAAUACUUAUUAUACUUUACAAUUAUUGACAACAAAUUUGCCAGUGUUAAGUACCACGAUGGCCGCUGAAUGAAUGAUGCCCAUUGCUCAUAUUGACCGACUCGCCCAUCUGUGUUUUUGAGGAUUUUAAAUUUCAGGUAAAACUGAUGAUGCUACGCUUGACACAUUCAAAAAAGCUCUGUAGCAUCACGAGGUUGAAAUUCUGUAUUUUAAUGUGAGGCACUGUACAUUUUUCCUCUGUAAAGAUAAACAAUGUGGCUAUUUGGCUUUAUUGAAAGUGCUGUGCCUGCACAUUAAACUGUCUGAAUUGUUGGUUUCUUUUACAUUCUCUAGCGAGAUUCAUAAUCAGUUUGUACCAAAACAAAACACUAUACAUAUCAGCCAUUAACCUUCUGCACUGCUGGAAACCAGUUUGGAAACAGAAUUGGUUUCAGAUCGCUACUUUCCUACAUGUGGAUAUAAUAAAUGGUUAGUUUGAUCAUAAAACAUAUAAGGGUGGACUUUACAAUAAAUCGUGAGUUAGUAACAUAUACUUUCAAUUUGAAGUCAGUGUUUUCAGAAAUGAAAUGAAAGUGCAUUAUAUUCCUUUGUUUAAGGGAUUGUAUUGAGGAAUGUUUUUUUCUUUUACAUUGUGCUCUAAUUGAGUAGACAUCGGAAUGCACUUUGUGUUCUUUCUAGAUGUUCAUUUAAUAUCAAAGAUUCCUUCAGGUUCCCUGUCAUCAAGGCUUUUAUAUAGAAUAUGAAAUGACAUCGUAGUUCAUUAGUACAACUUUAUCAGGAAUAAGAAAUGAUCCAAGAAGUUUGUUAACAUGGCAGAAACAAAAGUUGUCUAUUGUAUAUAUGGGGAAAUGUUUAACGUGUAGUGAUGUUUAUAUUUGCCAUUUCCAAAUAAAACAAUUCAAGCCCUGUCAAAGGCUUACAUUUGUGCAUUUGUAUUUCUGAUUAAACAAUUGGACACAU